GAGUCCACUCUGUGACUUACUCUGUGGCUGUCACUUCAGCCGUUUACAUCUUUGCGAUGCUGUCUGAGAAUGAAGCUGUGCUGCAGAAACUUCAGGAGUGGACUAAGGGGGACGGCGAUCUUUGCCAGGCAAUAGGACAACUCCUGUCAAAAGAUGAGCCUGACGUUGUAUUGAAUGCUGCUGGAGCCGUGGCAUCACUGGUUGAGACCCCAUCAGGACUCCAGUGGCUGCUUCAGGACCAUGCCAUGUUCAGUCAAGUCCUUGAAAGAGUCACCUGUCUUCUGAACCACGAGCGAGAGAGAGUGGUUAAUGUGGCUGCUCUUAUUCUAGCACGGCUCUCUCUGUAUGAACUGGCCUGCCAAAGGCUUCUAUGUCACCCUUCAACCUCAAUGAUUUUUGGGCAUUUAGUUCAGUGCCUGACCCACAGCCGAACAGACACUGCUAUGAAUGCAUCCUUCACUAUUGGGUGCUUGUGUGGGAGUGAGCAAAGCAGAUGCCUCAUCCUGGCUGAAGCCAAAGAGCAAAAGCUGGUGAGUGGUCUGGAAACGCUAUUGACCAAUGGGGCGGAGUCGGAGCCGGGGCAAACGGCUUGCUUUGCAUUGAGCUGUCUGGCAUCUAAGGAUGAUGGACAUGCCUUGUUAAUGGAGAGCCCGUCCUUACCUCGUUUGUUGGAUGGACUAGACGUUUUAAAGCCAAGUUCACUCUUCUUGAUGUUUUACAUUCAUCUCCAGCGUCUCUCUGUCUUGCCAUCAACGGGCUCGGAGCUGCAGGAGGAGCUUAGUGCAUGCCUGAGGAAGCUGAAGCGCCUGCCUAAACCAUCCCCUGUUAAUGUCCAACACCAAUCAAUGGCCUGCAUUGCAUCAUGGGAGAGAUUGGAGCCUGAAAGUGGCCUGGAAGUUACCUAUAACCUCUUUGAUGGAGAUACUCUGAUAUACCGUGGCCCACGGUGUGAAAUCACUUUACCUCAUUCCCAUUUCCAGCACAAACCACCGCUGUCCCUACGGCUUAAUCUCUCUACGUCAGAUGGUGACACGAGUCCCUUUAGCGAACACGUGGAGAUAAGAGUGGAGGGGGUGGAGCUUAGGCCGAGGCCUCCAAAGGACUUGCGUUUUAUCUCCUGCACAGCUACUGAGGUGCGACUGAAAUGGGCAGGACCAGAGGGGGACGUCAAGCCCCUAUCAUUCCAGGUUUACUGUGAUGAUGUGCUCCUGGAGACCACCAGAGAGCUGGGGGCUACAGUGAGCUCGCUGUCUCCCGGCACUACGUACACGAUAAGCAUUUGUGCACUGGGUCCAGGACACACAAGCAGUUCUCGGUGUAGUGUUCUUAUUCACACUGCAGAUGGUCACGAUCAUGCUCCCGGUGGCCUGGAGGUUUCUGUACUGGGAUGCCAUAAGCUCCAAAUCAUCUGGGAUGCUCCAGCGGUGCCGAUCGGCCGCCUCUUCUCAUACGAGCUACGUCUGAACGAGUGUGUGGUGUAUUUGGGCAGAAAGCGCAUGCACACAGCAUGCCAUCUUACCGCCAACACACCAUACAUCUGCACGGUGACAGCCGUCACCUCCAGGGGGCGCUAUCAGAGCCGGGCUGUCACCAAACGCACGACCAAGGAUGAAUACCUGAACACAAACAGGGGUUUCUGUUCUCCUAAACGUCAGGAUUUAGCACCUCUUCCAGCAAGGGAAAAGAGCGACGUCAAAAACAGGACCAGGAAGCUGUUAUCCACACCGACCUCUGACUCUGACCUCAGAAAAAACAAGCACAGGUUGCCAUCUGUGAUGGUGCAAUCACAUGUUCCUGGGAAAAACAAAUCUUCCAGAGUGACAUCUGAGGAGCUGAGAAUGUACGACUCCUCCAGCCAGUUUCUUAUAACUGGUCUGAUCUUAAUAGUACAGAUCAUCACCAUAACAUACACAGAAAAAGGUAAUAUUCAGUGGGAGUGGCUACGCCUAAGUGGGAGGGGCUACAUGACAAGAGAGGAGCUAAAAUAUACAGGAGGAGCCAAGAAGCUGAAGAAAGGACCAUGA